AAAAGGCCUGAACCAAUAUGGAUGUUAUACCUUGCAUCAGAAGUAUAGCACCAACACCUAAUUAGCUCUCUCCUGAGCCCAAAGUCACUGAGCCCAACUCUCCCUUCAUGAUGCAGUGUGUGGUUUGAGAUAAAUGAUAUAACAUUAAGCUCAAGGUGGUUGAGUCUCAAGCAGUAGGGAGGCGGAAGCAAGCCAAGGGAGCUCCGUGCCCACUGAUCCCACGGGACUCACUGAAGACACCGGAACUGUACUUGCAGUGUUGGGUUUUAAUGCACUCUGUAUUGUGGCUAUUUGUAUAACUCCUGAAGUGUAGACUGUGGGGAGACUGGAAAACAGUGGGUGGGUAGAGACACAGAAAUGUAAAGUAGUGGGGAUAGGACUGAAGAAAACAAAUAUUGUAAGUAUUUUUUUGUGAUAUGGCAUUUUUUAUGAUAGAUUAUGUAUCUGGGAAAAAUCAGAAAUGGACAUAACAUCAGUAUUGCAUGCAGUUUUUAUAUCACUAGAUAUGUCUCCCCUCAGCUAGCUCGCAUUCUCAGUUUGAUGAGAUUGGGGGUACGAUUUAAAUCAGUCACACUUUUAUUUUGAUAGGAUAUUCAGUUCAGUAUUGGACCUAAGGAUGUUAAAUAUUUUAGUCAGUAUCCAACAUGUUUUGAGUAUGGUUAACUACACAGUCACAGGUAUAGUUUAGUGAGGAGUAGAAGGUAGGACGCCCCAUUUUUGGGAUCCUACCGCCCCCUCAUUUUUGCCUUCUGUCAUUUCAAUGGCCAUAUGGUCUUUUCUCUCCCCCCUUCGUGUGUGUGUUGCAGCAUCCGGAUAGCAAGAUGAUGCAGAUCAACCUGACAGGUUUCCUGAAUGGGAAGAAUGCCCGGGAGUUCAUGAAGGACCUGUGGCCCCUGCUGUUGAGUGCCCAGGAGAACAUUGCUGGCAUCCCCUCUGCUUUUCUGGAACAGAAGAAAGAAGAAAUUAAACAGAGACAGAUUGAACAGGAGAAGCUAGCAUCUCUUAAGAAGGUGGAUGAGGAUAAGAAGGAAAAGGACAAGGACACCAGAGAGAGGGCUCAGUCAAAGAGCCCAAGGAGGCGGAAGACACGGUCACCCUCACCGCGGCGAAGGUCCCCAGUGAAGCGUGAAAGGAAACGCAGCCUGUCACGGUCCCCAAGGCGCAAAUCCAGCCCAGUUGGUGGCAGCUCACCACCUCCACCCCUGAUGCAGCUUCCCACAAAACCUGUGGAGCAGCAUGUGGAGCCAGAUACAUCAGGAAGAGCCAUGACAGAACCAGUGAUCCAAGAAGCUUCUUCCACCUGUGACACAGUGGUGGAGGUGGUGAAAGCAGACUCGGUGAUGGAAGUCAAAGAACCCUCCCCAGAGAAAACCCAUAAGAAAGAGGAAAGACCCAGGUCUCGGGAAAGGGAGAAGGACAGCAGGAAGGAAAGACCUCACCACCGCUCCCGUUCUCAUUCCCGAUCUCGCAGACGGCGCUCCCGUUCAAGAUCUUACUCCCCUCGCAGAAGGCAGAGUCCCAGGAGGAGAAUGUCUCCUCGUCGAAGGAGUCCCCCCCGACGUGGUCCCACCAGUUCCAGACACAGGCACAGGCGCUCUCCAGUCCGCAGGAGGCGCUCUCGUUCUGCUUCGACCUCUGGCAGCAGCUCCUCUGGCUCUCGCUCACCUAAAAAAGUGAUGAAAAGAGUAUCCAGCACACCACCCCGAAAACAGGUCCAUCAUCCGGACACCUCCAUUAGCCCCGCAGGGAAGGACAGACGGUCACCGUCUCCACGGGCUAGAAGAGGCCGGGGCUCAGGUUCCCCACCCAGAUCAUCUGGUUUAAAGCGAAAGCCAGGAGGAAGGGGUGACUCUCCAUCUGAUAAUGCCAAGCCCAGACAUUCUGAAGGGUCUGACUCAGAGGAGGAUAAAAAUGAGAAAGGGGCAACAGCAGAUUCGGUGCAGCAGCGACGUCAGUAUCGCAGGCAGAAUCGACAGUCGUCUUCAGAUACAGGGUCUUCCUCCUCAGAAGAUGAGGGGCCCAAGAGGCCAACAGCAGGGCCAGGCGCCAGAAAUGGUGAAGUCAGGAGGAGACGAAGCCGUACCCCCUCCCCACGAAGGCGACACAGGGAUCCCUCUCCAAGGAAGAGACGUUCUCCGUCUCCUGCACGCAGACGUCGCUCCCCGUCUCCCCCACGACGUCGCCGAUCUCCCUCUCCUCCUAGACGCAGGUCUCCUUCCCCACCUCCCCGUCGACGAUCUCCCUCCCCCAGGCGAUAUUCUCCCCCUAUCCAGCGUCGCUACAGCCCCUCACCUUUGCCUCCACCAAAGAGGAAGAUGUCUAGCUCUCCCGCCAGACGCUCUUCUCCAGGGGCAAAGAGACGUCCCUCCAGGUCACCCAGGCGCAGGAGUUCUCCUGCUCAAAGGAGACGCACACCUCCAUCCUCAUCAUCACCACCCCGACACAGGAGGAGCCCCAUGUUGCCUUCUAACUGGCAAAGCAGGGAUACACGAUCCCCUGCAGCAACCAGCCGCCUGUCCCCAUCCCCUGUCAACCGCAGUCGCAAUCUGAGGGGUUCCCCCAGUCCCCAGCGACGUUUUGAAACCUCCAGCACAUCUCCAUCGAACCAGCGAAGACAGCAGUCCCCUUCACACAGUGGCAAACCCAUCCGCAGAGUGUCCCGCACUCCCGAGCCACGCAGCAACCAGAGACCUUCGCCAAGCCCCCAGCCUGUGAGGAGAGCAUCUUCCAGAUCGAGAUCUGUUUCCCCUCAUCCGGUGCCUCAGAAACGUCCAGCCCCUGCAUCUGCCUCCCCCUCACCGUCUCGCUCUGUCAGUGGGUCCCCACCACCAGCCAAAAAGGCCAGCAGUGGAUCAGGCAGUCAGUCCCCAAGCAAGAACUCAGAUGUUGACGGCAGCGGAAAGAAGAAGAAGAAGAAGAAGGAAAAGAAACAUAAAAAAGAGAAGAAACAUAAGAAGCACAAGAAGCAUAAGAAGGAGAAGAGCAGUGCCACUGGUAAUGGAGAGGGACAAGAAAACCAGGGUGUGGAGGGGGAUGCAGAUUCAAGAAAGGAAUCAGACAGUGAAGUAGACGACAGCUUGGACGACCUAGAGAAGCACCUACGAGAGAAGGCGCUGCGCUCCAUGAGGAAGGCGCAGAUGUCUCCGUCACAGAUGUCCUGAAAAGAAGGGGCAUUCUCACUUUUGAAUUUUCCACUCUCUUGAUGUUUGUCAUCAACCUGGUUCAGCUUUAGAAUGUACAAAUUGUUAAUUCUCAAGUCUUUUGUUUUCUUUUUACUGGUUUGGUACAUUCUGAAGGGUGUGUUGCAUUAAGAGCUUGAUUUGUUGGUUAGUGUAUUAUCUAAACUGUAAAGCUUGUGUUGUCCAUCAUUUUAAAUUGUUGAGCAGGGAUAUGGUUAAAGCUAAGAGGUUUUGAGUUGGGCAGGUUUCAGAUAUUUUCCACAGCCUAGAUUCCAUUGAGAAAUGAUUGCAUGUGCAGUGAUUGUCUCUGAUGUGCAUGAACCACUGAUGUUACGGAGUGUAGAGAAAAACCAACAUACAGUAACACACUGUUACUUCUGCCUUUUAGUAGUGGAACCAGUGGCACAGCUGUGUGCACUGUUCGAGGCCCCAACAGAAUGUCUUCUCCCACAUUGUAACUGAAUAGAAGUGUUUUGCAUUGUUUAACCUGCUGUUUUUUUCUGACUUUGAAAUGACCUUGUUUUAAGACUAAAACAGUCUAUGAUACAGAGAAUGCUUUAAUUUUCCAAAUGAAUUGAUAUGCAAUUUUAUGUUGACACUCUUGCACCAAGCUAAUCUCUGUGGGACUGCUAUAUGAUUUGUAUUUAGUAACCCUGGCUCUCCUCAUCUCGUCAUCCUUUCAGAAUUAAAACCUUUUUUUAUAGGA